CCAGAUACAAAAAACCUGAUGGAUUGGGAUUUUUUCCACAAUUUGGGAAAUCGUUAGGAACCAUGACGACCAUGGCCAGAGCGGCGAGAGCGACUGUGAUCCGCGGUGCAUCUCCCGGCGGCGCAAGUUCUGCCGCACUGAACAAGGCGAAGGCCAGCGGCGUCGGCGGCGGCGGCCACUUUGAAUCGCGGUCCGGUGAUUCGAGUGGUACAGCCAAUCUCAAAGGAGAGAACGCAGCAGGUUCGGCGAGCGAGCAUCACGUUAAGGCAGCUGCGAUCGCGGCGCACAACUACAGACCUGGUGGAGGAGCUUAUGCAGAGUUUCUCAAAGAUGAGGAGGUUCUGGAGAAGGUGAGGUUUCGAUUGAAGGGGAAUAAGAUUGAGUGUGUACAUGUUUUGGGGACGUUUUAUUAUGUUGAUCUGCCUGUGUGUGAAUUGGCAGUGUUUGAGCAUGUGGGAGCAUCCCGACCGCACUUCCUGCCAGAAUCGAGCUUCGACUCUUGUGAAACAUUUGGAAGACAAUGCUAAAGGGAUGACCAUUAAUGCAGAGCCGGUAUUUGUGCCAACCUCCAACCGCAAGAAGAUUCAAUCCAGCUUCUGGGAAGAGCUCCUUGAAAAGUGUGUGAAGGAGCAUGGAAGUUUCACGCAAAAGUGCGAUAUCCAAAGGCAAAGGGUGUACGAGUGCUUUGGCUCUUAUUAUGACGGUGGUAUUAUUGCUUAGAAACUGAUUCUGUCUGCACAAGUAAUUGAUGAUUGAAAUGCAACAUUGUUAUUAGCACUUAAUUGUUUUUUUGGAAUAAAAUAGGAAGUCGGGCUACUAAAUUAUCUGCAGCUAAAUAAAGUAGCAGAAUGUCUGGAUGAAAUACGCUGCUUGUUGUUGGUAGUGAACAACACUAUUUGUACACAUGCUUAGUUCAUUCUGUUAUCCAAACUCCUAUUUGUACACAUGCUUUCUCGACAGCAUUUGUG